AUGCGAAGCGCCGAUGUGACGGCACUCUCCCAUCGAGACGAGAACGUCAGUCGCAUGCUGUCAAUCAUGGGUGGUCUUUACGCCUGUCAAAACCCCCAAGUAUUGCGCCUCAGUUUUAUUCAGUACCCUCCUUUUGGCAGUGAUCGAGUUCUUUGUGCCGAAGAUGGUGCCUUCCAAAAAUGGCUGCAAAGAAUCUCGAGCUACAUUGCACAACAUCUGGAAGCAAAGAGUUACGCCGGCUUGACUACGUUUGAGAGAAGUUUGAUCCGCUUUUUCAAUUUUCUCAACACGCUUUCCGCCAUUGCCCUGAACGAAGAACCGUUGGAUCGUCAGAUGGACUUUGAGCUUUCAUCGUCGCGCCCAAUCGCACCUAGAACUAUUUCAGACGAAGACAAAAUAGACGAUAUGCUCUCAUCCCUUAAGCAGUGGGCUAAACUACAGUCAAGGAUGGUCGAGUGGGCUCUCAAGUUAGAAAAGAGCACCAUGACAUUUCAAUUUGAUAAAGAUAACUAUCGGGAAGCCAUAGACCUCAAGGUACAAGGCCUCGAUAUCAUCUGUGAGGCAUCAGCUCUUCAAGCUCGAGUCAUCAACGAUCUCCUCCGACUGUCAGAAGAACCCGAUAGCCAGGUCUCUAUCUGCAUUACUCCUUACUAUCAUUGGACUCUCACUGGGCUGUCUCACCGCCUGUACCACGAAGCCUGGAAAACACUCAAGUGCGAGCUCCCGGUGUUGCCGGCCGAAUCACUCCAUCAGCAAGCACUAGUCACGCUUAGCUGCGUUGAGACGCUUGCCAGCCAAUCAGGCUUUGAUGUCGCACUUUAUCUGCCUUUUGCCGACUUCAUAGGACGAGAGAUGGAAACGCCGACAGAGCAAACUCGUGUGCUUGCGUUCCUCGAAAUUGUCAGAUCUCGUGGCUUUGGACUGGCAAACGAAUACAGGAAAGGCUUGCUAGAGACCUGGGGAGCUGCCACGCCAGCUGAAAUGUCUCAAAACUUAAUGAUAUGUGAUCCGAGCCGUGGAGGUCCCGAAACUUCGGGCAGAGACUGA